CACACACACACACACACACACAGCUGCUGCUGCUGCUGCUGACUUAGCGCAGGAUCAGCGUCACCACCCGAGCACCAAAACACGAUUUAUCAGCUCUGGUGAGCAGCUUUUUUCUUCGGCUAUUAUGCGGUGGUGACCCCGGGCCGGCCAGGCAGGGAGAUGAUUGCAGCGUGGCGCGGAGAAAAAAACGAGAGAACGGAGUGAUCGAGACAGAAGAAUGGGCAGGAGGGUCUGGAGCUGGCAAAGUGUCUUCUCCACUGCAGUGCUCUAUGGCUCUCUGGCUCUGUUUACCUCCAUCCUCCACAAUGUGUUCCUGCUCUACUACGUACAGACAUUCGUGUCCGUCUACAAGAUUGAUAAAGUCUCCUUCUGGAUUGGAGAGUCAGUUUUCCUGAUAUGGAACAGUCUGAACGACCCUCUCUUCGGCUGGCUGAGUGAUCGCUCCUUCCUCAGCUCGCCUCAGUCAGGCUCUCAGAUCACAACUCCAGAGGUGGUGCUGAAGCGCCUUAAGGCCCUCUCCACAAAUGGCCCCCUCUUCUCCCUGUCCUUCCUGGCCUUCUGGGUGGCGUGGGCCAGUCCAGGCCUGCAGUUCCUGCUGUGUUUGUGUCUGUACGACGGUUUCCUCACCAUGGUGGACCUCCACCACAGCGCCCUGCUGGCUGACCUCGCCGUGUCCGCCGCCGAUCGCACGCGCCUCAACUUCCACUGCUCCGUGUUCAGCGCUCUGGGCUCCUUCUCAGUGUUCCUGUCCUACUCCUUCUGGGACAGGGAGGACUUCUACUCCUUCCGUGUCUUCUGUGUGACUCUGGCGGCGUUUUCCGUCUUGGGCUUUUUCUUGGUGUCUCGGUUGCUGCGGCAACGUUUCCAAAAGGAAGUCCUUCCCAAGCUGGAUGAGGCACAGACGCUCAAAGACCUGAGCGUCGGCCACGCUCCACUGACACACCCAGAAAAACCGGUCACUAUCGGACAGUAUAUCAAGCAGCUCUCCAAACACAAGAACUUCUUGUGGUUUGUGUCCAUGAACCUCAUUCAGGUGUUUCACUGCCAUUUUAACAGCAACUUCUUCCCUCUUUUCCUGGAGCAUCUCCUGUCUGACAAUAUUUCUGCCUCCACCGGGUCAAUCCUACUGGGGAUCUCUUACAUUGCCCCCCACCUGAACAACUUGUAUUUCCUGACACUGUGCCAGCGUUACGGGGUUUACCAGGUUAUCCGCUGGCUAUUUAUGGUCAAACUGGGACUUAGUGUGGCUAUGCUGCUGGCAGGGGCUGACCACAUUUAUCUGCUGUGCAUCUUCAUUGCUAGUAACCGGGUGUUCACAGAAGGGACGUGCAAGCUGCUGAAGCUGGUCAUUACCGACCUGGUGGAUGAAGACUUUGUGGUCAACAAGCGUCAGCAGGCCGCCUCUGCGCUCCUCUUCGGGAUGGUCGCCCUUUUGACCAAACCUGGCCAGACAUUCGCUCCACUCAUUGGCACCUGGCUGCUGUGUGCUUACACAGGUUACGAUAUUUUCGAGAGGGAACCCGUGAAGGUGCCCGACGUUGCCGCCGGCUCAGGGACUCCGCCUCUUCGCCUGGGCUGCUUCUACAUGGUGGUGUUUGUGCCUAUCACGUGUGCCCUGCUCCAGCUGGCCGCCUGGUCUCGCUUCACACUACACGGCCGCAAGCUGCAGGGGAUCAAGACCCUGAGGCAAGCCCAGCACGGCCACCUUAUCGAUGUCAAGGCCAUAUGAACUGGAGGAGCUGUCGGGAGCUGCACAAAGACACUUUUAACCUUAACUUAACAAUCGUUUGAAAUAAUUGGAGGAAAGUGAAGCUGAAGGAUUUUCUGAUGUCUUACUGCUUUUGUGUGUGUGCAAGAAUAUGAACCAGUACGCUAUUUGUGGCUUUAUGGACACGGAAAAGUGCACAGUCGGAUCACAAAUCCCACUGGGGAGAACUUAAAACCUGCCUUAUUUUUAUAUUAAAAUAUUUACAUAUAUUUAUAUACGAACAGAUGACCAAAAGAUAAAGCAGAACAAAACAAUCCUUCGGAUGUCGAUGGACCAAGGUGACAACUUUAAUGGUGUGCCCUUUUUUCAAAAAGCAUAAUUAUGGUGUGAAGUGCAGUCUUAACACCCUCACUUUCAGAAACUUCUCAAAGUGUCAAAGUCAAGCGGGGCUACAGGCCUCGUUUCGACGGUUUGUUAAAAACAUGGAAAAAAAAAUACUGAAUCACAGUGCUGCUGUUAACUGCACCUCUGAGCUAAAUCAUAACUUACUGUCUCUUGACAUUUACACAGAACGCCCUGCCACUUUGAUGUUUACUGUAUUUUCUCAUAUUUCCAGUAUUGAUAAUGUUUUUUUUUGCACAAAACUGCCAUUUGUGUGUUGUACUUCUAACAUUCUGAUUGCGACACAACUUCAUGUAUUGUGAUCAAGAGCAUUUGAAUUAAGAGAUCGGGCUGGUAAGCAUAUUACCAGCAGUUUUGUAAUUUUGCAGAUUAUAUCAAGAAAGUGUGGCGCUACCACAAAUAAACCUCGUUUGUGUUGAACCAAA